GGUCAUGAAUAUGCAUUAGCUUGAACUUUCCGGAAAUGGUACAAACACACCCGGACGAAUCACCUGUAAUUUAACCAGUUCAAGCGGAACAAGGACAUAUGAUUAUGAAUGUAUGCCGUUUCAGAAGUGAUUAAUGUCAACGUAAUGUUUAGGGGUAUUCUUUGAAGUCAUUUGAUAAUCUACAAGGAAAGCAGAAACAGCGAACACGCUCACGCUGCACACGAUCAUCACGAAGCAACUGUACGGUCCCACGUCCUGAUAUCUGUAUUGUAGACCAUACUAAAUUUCAUCAACUUUGAGCCUGAGGGGGAAGACAGGAAAGCGUUGCCAUGGAUUUUGGAUCCUCCCACAUUUUCACUGAGGUGGGAUCAGACACAGAGGAGAUCACGGCCGCUGACCUCCAAGCCCAAAAUGGCAUUUAUCAACCACUAGGAUCAACAUGGGCCCCGCAGGGAAAUGCUGUCAGCCAAGCCAAUGAAGAGGAACAGGGCUACGAUCAUCUUGCUAGUUUUAAACCAGAAGGUGAUGGUGGUGCUUCACAACCACCAAAAUCAUCAGAUGAUGCUCUUUUUGAAGGAGAAUCUCAGGACUAUCAUGUGCUGUAUGACAACUUUAUGGGAGAUAUAAAGGGAGGACGAGCAGGAGCAGGAGCAGGCAAUGAACCGAUUUACGAUAACAGAAGUCCCCAGAAGGCAUCGACCAAAAGCAGUGACUACGCCAAACCUUAUGACUACCUGAAGCGCCAGAGUCACCCCUAUGAAUAUGCUGGUCCUGGGUCGUUUAUUGGAAGCGCCCCUCCCCCUCUACCCCCGAUGAGGAAGAAGGAAGGAGCAGCUGACCCCAUGGAUGAGCCUACCUAUGAAGCCUUCCGUGAAGGAGAGUAUCAGUCUCUUCUGAGAAACGCCUCAUCUAAGAUUCGUCGAGCUGAUACUAACAUUGUUGCAGUAAAGUUUGAUAAGCUGGUACAGGCAGAGAGCCCAGUGACGGGGUCACCAGUCUUCUGUGGUAGCUGCGGAGCUGCCAUGUCACAUCUCAGUAAGAUAUCACAGUUGUACUCAGGAAAGUUCUGGAUCUGUGAGUUCUGUGAGCAUGAAAACCCUGCUGCUGAUGGUACAGUCAUACCUACAACAGAGGACAGUACCUAUGUGACCGGACCAGGUUCGGGAGGCGAUGCAGACCCCCUUGUCAUCUUCUGCGUGGAUGUAUCCGGUAGCAUGGCUGUUACUACAGAGGUGUCAAGUGAAGUUUCUGUGCAAGGCAGGCGCAGUGAUGAACAGGUGGCCCUCCAGGCUUACCAGGAGGAGCUGGACGCGGCUGAGCAGAGGUCAAGGGUCGCCCACCAGGAGGCUCUCGAUGCCCAGAUGCUGGCUGACUAUCAAGAGACCAUUGAAGGCCAGGUCCAAGCCUUAGCCCAGAUCCAGAUCGCAAGGACCGCAUCGACGGCAUCGUCCGUUGCACCAUCAACUCAAGCCACAGCACAGGCACCAGCCACACCCUCUGCCCCGCCCCCUACCCUCCCCCGUCCUGCCUCUGUGGUCGGUGGUGCCCAGGCUGGUGGGCAGAGAGAGCUGGAAGAGAGGUACAGCGCUGCACCCCAGAGGUCCCCUGCUGGCUCCCAGAAGCCUGCUGCACCCCCAAGGCCUGCUGCACCACCGAGACCAGCUGCACCACCUCAGCCCAAGAAGCAUGUCUCGUAUGUCUCCAGACUUCAGUCCAUGCAGUCAGCCAUACAGCAGCAAGUUGAUAAACUACGAGCAGAGAAUAGUCACAAGAGGGUCGGACUGGUAGCAUUCAACAACAAUGUGACUGUGAUCGGAGACGGCAGCCUUGAUCCGGUGCCCCUAGAGGGCGCUGGUCUAACCGACAGAGAGAGCCUGAUCAGCCUCGGACAGAACUUCCCUCUUCCUGGUCCCAUAUCAGAGGUUCAUCGCUGUCUCACAGAAAAGAUAUACAGCUUAACAGAGAGCGGUCAGACCGCGUUAGGCCCCGCCCUCCUGAUCGCCAUCUCCAUGGCAGCACAGAAGCCAGGGUCAAAGGUCAUCAUGUGCACCGACGGAUCAGCCAACGUCGGGUUGGGGGCGCUCAACGACAUGGACAAUGACGCGGCCUAUGAACAAGCAGCAGCCUUCUAUGACGAGGUCGGCAACUUUGCCCGAGACUCCGGUGUAUGUGUAUCAGUACUAACGCUAGAAGGAGAGGACUGUAGGGCUAUUGAGCUCGGGAGUGUAGCGGACAAGACAAGAGGACAGGUGAGCAUCGUUCAACCCAAUGAUCUCAACCAGCAGUUUGCAGACAUUCUAGCAGACCCAGUCCUAGCAACCAAUGUUUCAGCUAAGAUGGUCCUCCACAAAGGCCUGUUUUUGAAGGAUGGUGAGAGCGACAACCCAGAAAGCCAAGCAACCCAUAACGUUGGGCUUGUGACAGCCGACUCAGAGACUACUUUUGAGUUUGGAGUGAGGAGAAAAGAAGUGUUAUAUGACAACUUUGGUGGAACUACAGUUGUGGAGAGAGUGGAGGAAGAGCCGAUCUACGAGAGCGUGGCCCAGACCAUGAUUGAAGGUCUAGAGAAGCUGCCGUUCCAGGUCCAGAUCCGCUACACAGGCCGUGAUGGUCUGGACUACCAGAGGAUCCUAACCAUGGAUAGGCCUGUCACCAAGGAUAGGAAGUUUGCAGAACAAAAUGCCAAUGUUGGUGUGAUUGGAGCCCAUGCGGCUCAGUCUGCAGCCAAGCUGGCUGUAGAGGGCGCCUAUGCCGAAGCACAAAUCAAUGCCAUCAUCACUCAGAAGCUUGUACAGAGAUGCACGCAACCAGAGGAAGGUCAAGAGCCGGAGCAGGAGGGCAUCUAUCAAACGUUCUUAGCCAACAUGGCUCCUAUCAAUUCUGAAAUUACUCGUGCUCAUCAGCAAGAGUGGGAUGCUGGUGAAUACAUGGAGCUUGAAACAAGGAGCGAGGAAGAGAGCGAUGAGGAUGACGUUCCCUUGGUAACCAAGAACAAGAAGAAGAUGAGCAAGAAGAUGAAGAAUCGUCGCAAGAACGUUUCCGACCGGCAGGCCAGUGUCUUCUAUAGGAUGAAGGGAGCCACAACAAAGAUGUUCAAUAAACAGACCUACGACAUGGCAGAGGUGGUAUAGUUGUGACCUGCUGGGAACGGGUCCUGUGUAGAAUAUCAGGAGACAAUCACAUAUGGCGUGAACCCUCCUUUUACUGGCAAUUUCUAUCAAUUUAGUGGGAACAAGGAUUUAUGUCUGUCAGUCUACCGGGGGGUCGUUUCACAAAGAUCCUAAGUCAAAGUUAACUCUAAGUUGGACUUAAAUAUUAUGGAGAGCCAUUUGUAGCUUUAAAAUGACUCUGUAAAGUUGUCUCAGAUUCUGAAAUCCUGGAUUUAGCUCAUGCUGCAAUCAUAAUAUAAACCUUUAGGUCAGUCAGGAAUCCAAUGACUUUUACAAGCCGAUCACCUGUCUGAUUAUCAAGAUAUUUUCGAUUGGAAUUCGAAAUUUAAAAAAAUGUUCCCCCGAUGGUUUUAAUAACACUACAGUCUAUUGGGGACAAUGAGUGUGGUAUACCCGGUCAAGAUUUUUACUUUUUUUGAGCACUUCAUGAUCAUUUUGAAGCGCAAUUUUUUAGGGCUUCUAUAUUACACCAUAUCACAGACACUGAUAACACAUAGGGCCUUGUAUCUCAGAUUUGUAAAACUGGAAACAUUGUCUUUCAGUUAGCCUUGACCAUGUUAUCAUGUACAAGACAACUCAGCAACAGUUUAUCUUCCUUUUUUUUCAAGAGAGUGUUUAUAUUAAAGAAUAUAUUUGUUGUGUACAUGUACAUGCAUUCAUGUUAGUGUGUCAAAGAUGUAUUUGUCAGUCAUUGUGAUAACAUUUGCUUUCAAUAGGGUCAAAGAAAUCUUCAAGACAUCUACAGUAAGUUUAUACAAUGACAGUGUCCCAUUUUCCAUGAAGGGAUGCGAGUGCCUUGUUCUGAAAUUGUUUGAAAGAAUGCCUCAAUAGUCUUCUUUAUAUAAAAAUGUAUUCAUGUGCUUGUGUUAAAUUUGUAUUGUCUCGCAUUGUGACAUUGCUUGCAUUUAAAAAAUAUAUGUCAUUGCCUUGUUAUGAAAUGGAAAUAAAUGCUUCAAACUUUGUCUUUGAAUUCAAUUUCAUGUGAUCAAAGAUUAUGAGAAGAAAAAAAAUUGAAAUAUUUGGAUGAUAAUAAUAUAAAGUGGCCUUAAAUAAUGAAAUUUUAAUAAUCAGGAUUCUGUGUACCCUAAUUGAAAAUAUCACCUUUGAAUUUAUAUUUUUCAAAUUGAAAAUUUUAAUGUGAAAACGAAUAUCAUUAUUUAUUGUAUCGCAUGUAUAUAAAGCAACGGAUAACAAUUCCGACGUGAAAUCAUUUGGAUUAUGAUUGUUACAUUUUAUUUUGUACAAAUGUAUUUAAAACAAUGACAUUCCUUAUCAACAUCUGCUGAUCUGUAGUAUUCAACAUGUAUAUUAUGAACAUGAAAAACAAUGCUUAGGAUCAUUAUUAUUGUUUGUAUUAAGUAUAACAAGUAUUUGAAGGUAUUCCUGAUUUUGAUAAUGGAAAUGGCAACAAUUUGUACAAUUUUGGCAAAGUUAGCCAGUGCACGCAUGUAAUAUUAGAGUGCCUUGUGUUGUGAUGUGAGUACUGUAAGAAGCUAAAUUUAUUACUAUUAUUAUUAUUAUUAUCAUAAUAUUGUUAAAUUGAUCAAAAGUUAUAAAAUCAGUACUGCCAAAUCGACCUGUUUACUAAAGUUUUCAAUUAACGCAUGUACAGGUUCACCGACAUCCAAUUGAGACACUGGUCAAUUGUAAUAGGUGUUUAGAUGAGUUAAUUGUUGGCGAACUUGUACUAUGUCGGGCAAACCUCUGGCAAACUUUUUAGGUGUCAAGAGAAAUUGUUCAAAAUGUAUAGAUUAACAUCAGGGAACAGGUCUAUUCCCUUUACCUCUUAAUAAUUUAUCAGUACUAAAUAAAUUGUUACAAAAAUCAUGUAAUUUGCAUAAUUUUAUAUUUACUUUUCCAUUUCUUUAUCGUAUUAUUAUGUACGAAGGUGAUUUUGAGAAAAGUUGAAAUACUAUGUAUCUAAUAUACAUGUACAAUGUGUUUAUAUAUGUUUUUAGUUGCGCCGCUCCCAAACUUUGGAAUAACCUUCCACUAGACAUAAGAAAAGCCUUAUAUGUUUAAUACCGUCUUCGACUUUUGUUGAAGACGCACUUGUUUUCGGUAGCUUUUCAAUAUUUUUUGUUUCUGUGUGUCUCAAAAGUAGCACUGUUUAAGGAUGUUGCUUUCAUCACAGCGCAGUAGAGUAUAUUUGUUGUAGUAGCUGCGCUAUAAACAUUUAUCUAAUUAUUACUAUCAUAUUUCACUUCAAAUUAUUUACGAAGAGCAAGGCAAGAAAGAGGGCUUUAGCAAAGCUGAAAUAUGUCACCUUCAAAAGUGUUUCUUGCAUUAGACCUGUAGAGAUAAAUACUAACUUUUCUUCUUCUAAUCUUAUUGUUUAUUUUCAGUGCUUUUUAGCCUGUUAGCCAAGUGCCUUUUUUGUAACAUGCAUGCUAGAUCAUCUAUGUUCAUGUUAACUCUUUUUGAUUUAGUACUCAUAAUCUAAUGUAUAUGAUGUUUAACACUGGUUGUUGAUAUAGCUAUGAUAUAUGUAAGAAAUGUAAUGUCAUCUGAAUUGAUCUCUAAAAGUACUAUGUAAUUUUACUUUUUUGGUGGUAUCAUUUGGGGCUUAAUUCGUUAACAUUUUAUUUGAUUUCAUUUAUUAUGAGAUAUUGUUGGAUUAUGUACUUUGUAAUACUAUGUAGUACUAAAUAUAUUGAGAGUACUUUUUUAUAUCUAUGGCGCUCCAUUAGCUAAUAUUUUAUAACAGGUUUUAUUCCAUUUACCACUUUAAAGGUAUAUAAAGGAAUGUGUAAAGAAAACUAUAUGGAAAAGCCCUUAUAAAAGGAAAAACUAUAUAUGGUUUGAAAACAGAGUUAUAUGGCAUUUAGUCUUUCUUAAUAAUCAAAAUGUAUUCAUAUUUCUAUUUUAUGGAAAAUUUAUCAAUUCAAAUGAAUGUUACAGCUCAUUAGGAUAUGCAUAAAUACAGAAUUUAUUUGCUGGUUCAUAUGAAUGCAAAUGUCAGUAAAUUUCCACAAGUUUCCAGGCAUUCCAAGAUAUACUGAUUAUCAACAUUCUGUAUUUUAUAUUUUAUGUUACUUUUGUUUAUGGUUUUAUUUGGUAGUAUUUUAACUAUAUUUGUAGCUCGAUUCUAAUAGUGUAUUCCUUCUGAUCUUCAUGUCUUUCAAAGCUAAAUCAAUUCAAAACGAAAUAAAUUAUUUUAUUAAUCACAA